GUCGACGUCACCGCUCUGCGAGAAGCGACCUCCUCGGGGCUCGGCUCGGCUGAGCUGCCACUCUCCUCCUCCCCUUCGGAGCCUAAGGGGCGACAGUGCGGCCCUUCCUGGCCGGGGGGGCUCCUGGGCGUCCCCAUCAUGAUGAGGCGCAACCGGGCGGAAGUGGAUCGCUACGUGUCCUUGCAGGCCUCGGCCCCUUCUCCCAGAGAGAAAUCCAUGAAAGGAUUCUUUUUCGCCAAGCUGUACUAUGAAGCAAAGGAAUAUGAACUUGCUAAAAGGUACAUAUCUACAUACCUUGCCGUUCAAGAAAGAGAUCCCAAGGCACACAAAUUCUUGGGGCAACUCUAUGAAGCUGAAGAUAACAUAGAGAAAGCUGUAGGCUGUUACAAGCGCUCAGUGGAGUUGAACCCAACACAGAAAGAUCUUAUAUUAAAAAUUGCUGAACUACUAUGCAAUAAUGACAUUACUGAUGGAAGAGCAAAAUACUGGGUUGAGAGAGCAGCCAAGGUGUUUCCUGGAAGUCCUUUAGUUUUCCGCCUGAAGGAGCGUCUAUUGGAUUGCAAAAGUGAAGAUGGAUGGAAUCAGCUUUUUGAUUUGAUCCAGUCAGAACUGCAUGCCAGACCAGAUGAUGUAUACGUUAAUAUCAGAUUAGUGAAAUUGUAUUUGUCAAACAAAAGACUUAGAGAUGCUGUGACACAUUGUCAAGAAGCAGAGAAGAAAAUUUCCUUGAAGUCAAGCUUGGAAUGGUGCUCGUGUGUUGUACAGACACUUAAGGAAUAUCUGGAAUGUGCACAGGAGUCUGAAUCUGAUAAAAGUAACUGGAGAAAGAUACAUCGUGAUCUUUUGUUGGCUUACUCCAAUCUGGUUGUAAUGACACUUUCAAACAGAGGUGUAGAGGAAAGCAGAGAAUCCCUUGAAAGUUUUGAUCAUGCUCUUCAUUCAGUGAAGCCACAUGUAGCUGGAAAUGAUGAACUUUCUAUAACUUUCCUGGAGAUGAAAGGCCACUUCUAUAUGCAUGCUGGAACGCUGCUCUUGAAAAUGGCCCAGCAAAGCGAGAUGUUAUGGAGGGCCAUUUCUGAAUUGGCUGCUUUGUGUUACCUUCUAGCUUUUCAGGUUCCAAGACCAAAAUCAAAACUAAUAAAAGGAGAUCAAGCUGAACAAGAAAAGUUGGAAAUAUUAGCCUGUGACCGACUAAGCCAAUCUGGACAUAUGCUAUUAAAUCUGAGCUAUGGCAAGCCAGACUUCUUCAAGGAGAUUGUUGAAUCAUUUGCAAACAAGAGUGGCCAGUCAGCUUUAUUUGAUGCAUUAUUUGGGAAUGGUUCUUCUCGAGAAAACUCAUUCCUUGGCACUGAUGAUAUCAGAAAUGUUAGUGUACAAGGACCAGAAUAUAUAGAACUAACUAGAUACGAUAUUGGUGCCAUUAGAGCUCACAGUGGUAGUCUCCAACACCUAACAUGGCUGGGUCUGCACUGGAAUUCACUACCAACACUACAAGUCAUUCGCAAAUGGUUAAAACAGCUUUUCCAUUUGCCCCAGGAAACUUCAAGACUUGAGACAAAUGCUCCUGAAUCAAUUUGCAUGUUGGACCUUGAAGUGUUUCUACUUGGGGUGAUAUUCACUAGCCACUUGCAAUUACAAGAAAAAUUCAGUACUCAGUACUCUGCACAUUAUCCUCGAUUUCUGCCACUUCCUGUAUACAAACAACUUUGUACUGAGAGGCAAAGGGCCUGGUGGGAUGCUGUAUAUGCUCUAAUUCACAAACGAGCUGUGCCUGGGACAGCAGCAAAAGUGAGGAUUCUAGUUCAACAUGAGAUAAGUAUCCUUAGAGCUCUUGGAAAACAUGGUCUUCAACCAGCCCUGAUCGUGCACUGGGCAAAAAGUCUCCUUAAAACAGGCUGUAGCCUUAAUUCAUUCUAUGACCAAAGAGAAUAUAUUGGACGAAGUGUUUAUUACUGGAAAAAAGUUCUGCCAAUGUUGGAAACAAUCAAGAAGAAGAGGAGUAUUUCUGAACCAAUUGAUCCCUUGUUUAAACAUUUCCAUAGUGAAGAUAUCCAGGUUUCUCAGGUUGAUGAAUAUGAAGAAGAAGCACGCAUAGCUUUUGCUGUUUUGGAUGCUGUUGAUGGAAAAACAGAGGAUGCUAUGCAAGCAUUUGAAGCCAUUAAAAAUGUUGUUGCAUAUUGGAAUCUUGCUCUGAUUUUCCAGAGGAAAGCUGAAGAGAUGGAGAAUGAUGGCCUGUCACUAGAAGAACAAGAAGAAUGCAGGAAUAAUCUAAAGAGGAGCAGGGACUAUCUCCUAAAGAUAAUUAAUCAAAGCUUUACAGAUACUUCAGUAAUUGAAAAGUUACCUGUAUCAAUAGAGACAGUUAAGGAGAUGCUGGAAUGUGUAAUGCAGGAACUUGGGGACAAUGGUGAAGAACCACGUCUUGCUUUAAACAAUGAUUUGAGCCAACCAGCAGAAGCAGAAAUUAAACAUUCUACUCCAUCACCAACAAAAUUUUCUUUAUCUCCAAGUAAAAGCUACAAGUUUUCUCCCAAAACUCCCCCUCGAUGGGCAGAGGACCAAAAAACUCUACUUCAGAUGAUCUGUCAACAAGUAGAAUCUAUUAAGAAUGAGAUGCAAGAAAUGAAACUUAACAAUUCAAAUACAAACAUGUCUCAUCGGUGGCCUGCUGAAAGCUAUGCAACAGAGACUAUGCCAGAUGGUUAUCAAGGAGCACAGAACUUUCACGGAGCACCAUUGACUGUUGCUACAACAGGUCCAUCUGUAUACUACAACGCAUCUCCAGCUUAUAAUUCCCAAUAUCUUUUAAGGACUGCAGCCACCAAUGUGACCCCCACAAAGGCUCCUGUCUAUGCCAUGAACAGGCUUACACCUCAGCAGCAUAUAUACACAUAUCAGCAGCCAAUGCAUACUCCUCCACUGCAGAACACUUCUGCUUGUAUGUUUUCACAAGAAAUGUAUGGUACGCCACUGCGUUUUGAUUCUCCUGCAACUGGAAUUUUGUCUCCCCAUGGUAAUGAGGACUAUUACAAUUAUAGCGUACCUCCAACAAGCACAAACCCACCACUCCCUGAGCCAGGCUAUUUCACAAAGCCUUCAGCAGCUCCCUCAGUUUCCAGAUCUGCAGAAUCAAAAGUUAUUGAAUUUGGGAAGCCUAACUUUGGGCAACCUAUACCAACAGAGGGAGCAAAAUCCUCUUCAUUGAUAACUUCAGUUCAGUCCACACAGCCAACUACUUUCAAAUUUAAUUCCAACUUCAAAUCUAAUGAUGGUGAUUUUACUUUUUCAUCACCUCAAGUUGUAACACAGCCCCAUAGUACAGGCUACAGUAACAGUGAUAGUCUUUUGGGUCUUCUGACAUCAGACAAACCUAUCAAAGAAGAUCGAUACACUGGACAGAAACCACUUGCCGAAUGUGCUGCCGGGCAGCGCAACAUCUUCAGCUUUGGUGGCAAGAAUAUUUCAGGCAUUUCAUUUACAGAUAAAAUAGGUCCAAAUCAGCCUAAGCCUUCAGGUGUUGGUAAAGGUGAAGUAUUCAGCUUCCAGGAACCUGGUAAACCCAUAUUUGGUACUCCCAGUUCAGAUGUAGCAAAUAGAAGUCAUGAGACAGAUGGAGGAAGUCUCCAUGGUGGAGAAGAUGAUGAGGAUGGGCCUCAUUUUGAACCUGUUGUACCAUUACCUGACAAGAUUGAAGUAAAAACUGGUGAGGAAGAUGAAGAAGAGAUCUUCUGCAACAGAGCAAAACUCUUUCGUUUUGAUAGUGAAUGCAAAGAAUGGAAAGAGAGAGGUGUUGGUAAUGUGAAAAUUCUAAAGCAUAAAAUCACUGGCAAAAUCCGUCUUCUAAUGAGACGGGAACAAGUGCUGAAAAUUUGUGCAAAUCACUACAUCAAUCCUGAUAUGACUUUGAAACCAAAUGCUGGGUCAGAAAAAUCAUUUGUAUGGCAUGCAUUGGACUAUGCAGAUGAAUUGCCAAAACCUGAACAACUUGCCAUCAGAUUUAAAACACCAGAAGAAGCAAUGCUUUUCAAGAGCAAGUUUCAAGAGGCCCAGAAUAGUUUGAAGGGCUUUGGAACCGAAGUUAAUCAACAGGCUGCUCAGGAUGUUGAAUUCUCAAGAGAAAAUACUUAUCAGGGUGUAAAUGAUUCUAGUAAACCUGAUCCUGGCUUCUUGAACUCUGGAUUCCAUUUCAAGAGUGGGACUUCCUCUGCAAUUGGUAACUGUCAAGUUCCUGGUCCUGAUUUCAACAAUGCAGCAAAAAACACAAAUACCAAAAGCACCUUUACCAUUACACCAAGUGGAGCUACACCUGCAUCCUUUUCUUUUAGUAAGGAAGUCUUGGGAACACACGUUACACAUGGAUUUGGCGAACAGUUCAUGUUGAAGAAAGAUCAGUGGGAGUGUAACACUUGCCUUGUUAGAAAUAAAAUUACUGCACAGAAUUGUAUCGCAUGCCAGACUCCAAAUCCAUCUAAUAGGGAAGCACUCCCAGUAGAUUCAGGAUCUUUCAAACUUCAUCAUGAAGGUACAGAGAGUACAUUUGGACUUAGUUCUGCUAAAAAAGAGAACCAGUGGGAAUGCAGAGUUUGUUCUAUGGGAAAUGAAGCCAGUGCAUCUCACUGUAUUAAUUGCAAGAAUCCCAGUGGUAUUAACACGCCAGUCUUUCUUCCCCAGACUACAUUCAAAUUUGGCCAAAUGGACACUUCUAAGGUCCUACCAAGUGGGUUUGGUUCUAGCUUUAUGAAAAAGGAAGGCCAGUGGGAUUGCAAUGUAUGUCUAGUACGAAAUGAAGGCUCUUCACCAACUUGUGCAGCUUGUCAGGCUCCAAAUCCAUCCAGUGGUGCUCUGGUUCUACCUGCUAAUGCUCCACAACCUGUGUUUGGAUUUAAAAACAAAUUAUCCCAACCCACUGGAGGACCACAGGGCACGGGUUUUAAAUCUGACAUAACAGAGAAAGGUUUUAAAUUUGGCCAUGCCACAGAACAAGGGAAGUCUUCCUUCACAUUUCAGAUUCCUGCUAGUACUGAAACUAAACCUCUAAAAGGAGGAUUUAAUUUUUCAAUGCCUGUGCCUGCAGGAGAAUUUAAAUUUGGAAUACAAGAGCCUAAUAAAGAUGUUGCAAAUGAACAGAGCAAAGAAGGUGCUGUCUUGAAAGGUCUUGAUGAAAAAGCAAAGCUAUUUGAGGAAAACACUGUACUCAAAUCACAUGAUGUGUCUAGCAAGCAACAUGGUGAUUUAGUUUUUGGCCAACAUAGUAGUACUUUCACUUUUGCUGACCUUGCAAAAACUGGUGAAGGGUUUCAAUUUGGCCAAAAAGAUCCAAAUUUCAAGGGCUUUACAGGUGCUGGUGAAAAGCUCUUUUCUUCUCAAGCUGCUAAAACAUCUUCCAAAGCAAAUACUUCUGCUGAUCUUGAGAAGGAUGAUGAUGCGUAUAAGACAGAAGAUAGUGAUGACAUUCAUUUUGAGCCUGUUGUUCAAAUGCCUGAAAAAGUGGAGCUUGUCACAGGUGAAGAAGAUGAAACUGUAUUAUAUUCGCAAAGAAUAAAACUUUUUAGGUUUGAUGCAGAAGUUAGCCAAUGGAAAGAACGUGGUGUUGGCAACUUGAAAAUUCUUAAAAAUGAAGUUAAUGGUAAACUACGGAUGAUCAUGCGCCGUGAGCAGGUAUUGAAGGUUUGUGCAAACCACUGGAUCACAACUACUAUGAACCUAAAGCCUCUCUCCGGUUCAGACAAAGCAUGGAUGUGGUUAGCCAGUGACUUCUCUGAUGGCGAUGCAAAGCUGGAGCAGUUGGCAGCUAAAUUCAAAACACCAGAACAGGCUGAGGAAUUCAAACUGAAAUUUCAAGAGUGUCAGAGACUGUUGCUGGAUAUACCACUCCAAACCCCUCACAAACUCGUGGAUACUGGCAAAACAGCAGAGCUCAUACAGAAGGCUGAAGAAAUGAAAAGUGGAUUAAAAGAUCUCAAAACUUUCCUGACAGAUGAGAAAACUAAACUCACAGAUGAAGAGAGCAAAAGCUCUGUAUCUGCCACAAACACAUCAGAUUUGGUUAUAAAGCCACAUGCUGAAAGUACUGGGCCUACUUUAGAGUGGGAUAAUUAUGACCUACGUGGGGAUGCGCUGGAUGAUGGAACAGAUAAUUCUGUGUAUGCAUUGCCUCGGGCUAGUAGCCCAGUGCGAAAGAAUCUGUUUAGAUUUGGAGAGUCUACCACAGGUUUUAACUUCAGUUUCAAGUCUGCACUAAGUCCUUCAAAGUCUCCCUCCAAACAUAACCAAAGUAGGACAUCUAUAGGCACAGAUGAAGAGUCUGAUGCUACCCAAGAAGAUGAAAGAGAUGGCCAGUAUUUUGAACCAGUGGUACCUUUACCUGAUUUAGUAGAAGUAACAAAUGGUGAAGAGAAUGAGCAAGUUGUCUUCAGUCACCGAGCUAAACUGUAUAGGUUUGAUAAAGAUGCUAAUCAGUGGAAAGAGAGGGGUAUUGGAGACAUAAAGAUCUUGCAAAACUAUGACACUAAGCAAGUUCGUAUAGUUAUGAGAAGGGACCAGGUAUUAAAAGUUUGUGCUAAUCACAGAAUAACACCAGAUAUGCACAUCCAGCAAAUGAAAGGCACAGAACGAGCAUGGGUAUGGACUGCAUGUGACUUUGCUGAAGGUGAAAGAAAAGUAGAGCUCUUGGCUGUACGAUUUAAACUCCAGGAUGUUGCUGACUCUUUUAAGCAGAUUUUUGAAGAAGCAAAACAUGCUCAAGAAAAAGACACUUUAAUAACACCACUCUCUUCACGUGCCAAUACCCCAAAGGAAUCCCCAUGUGGAAAGAUUGCUGUUGCAGUAUUGGAGGAAACCACCAGAGAAAGAACUGAUUUAAAGCAGGAAGAAGAAACUGUUAUACAAACUGCAGAGCCUUCAGUGGUGGUGAGCACUUCUGAAACACCAACAAAAGCUGUGGUUUCACCACCCAAAUUUGUGUUUGGCUCAGAAUCUGUUAAAAGUAUUUUUAAUAAUGGAAAAUCAAAGCCUUUCACAUUUGGAAAUACAUCAGCAGCAGGAUCUCUCUUUGGCUUCAGUUUUAAUGCUCCUCCCAAGAACACAAGCGAUAGUUCAGAAUGUCAAGUAAUGAAAGAAAAAGAACCGGACAGCAUGCAUGACACAACAACUUGCAAACCUGCUGAACAUCAAGGAAGUGGUGUUGCUGGUUGGAAAUCCUCAGAUGGCAAAGGAGAUGUUCAGGGAGCUACUUCAAAAGUGGAAGGACUUCCUAAUUUUUCAUUUAAAACAUUGGGAAAAGGAUUUAAUUUUAGCCUUUUUAAAUCUAACCCAAUGGCCUUUUGGAGCAGCACAUCUACCUCUCAACCAUGUAGUAAAGCAGUUGAGGUUAAGAAAGAACCAGAUACAGACACAUCAGAUGAUGUAUUGAUUGUAUAUGAGUUAACACCCACUCCUGAGCAAAGAGCUCUUGCAGACUCACUUAGAUUGCCUCCAACAUUCUUCAGCUACAAAAACAAACCUGGAUAUCUGAGUGAAGAUGACGAUGAUGAGGACUAUGAAACAGCUGUGAGAAAGCUUAAUGGAAAGUUAUAUCCUGAUGAACCCAAAGAACAUACAAAGCUACAGGAAACUGACCCAAGAGAAGGUGAAGCAGAAAGUAAGGAUGAAUGUGUUCUCGUGUGGGAGCAGAAACCAACUCCUGAAGAAAAGGCUAAAGCAGAGACUCUGAAGCUUCCUCCAACCUUUCUUUGUGGUAUUAGUAGUGAUACUGAUGAAGACAAUGAGAACUUGGAAGAUUUCCAGACAGAACUUAGAAAAGUUCAAGAGGCUAAAGAAGCUCAGGUAGAAGAAGUAACCAGUUCAACAGAUGACAAAUGCACCACUAAGGAAGAUAUGGUUGUUGUAGAAGCCAGUAAAAGUGAAGAGCUAGAUUCUACUACAGCAAGUAAAACUGAAGAACCAGAUUCUACCACCAAACCUACACAUACUAUACAGGCUUUAUUAGGAACUGAUGACAAACCUGUUGACUUGUCAACUAAAAAAGAAAGUGAUUUGAAUACUUUAGCUUCUGCAAACCAAGAGAACAAACCUUUCUCAUUUGCCCUUGGCAACAUACCUGGCUUAUCAUUUGCUGACCUGGCUUCAAAUAAUUCUGGGGAUUUUGCUUUCGGUUCUAAAGACAAAAACUUCAAGUGGGCAAAUACAGGAGCAACUGUAUUCGGAGUAGAGACGGUCACUAAAGGAGAUAAUGAAGAAGAUGCAAGUGAUGAGGAAGUUGUGCAUAAUGAUGAUAUUCACUUUGAACCAAUAGUAUCACUGCCAGAGGUUGAGGUGAAGUCAGGAGAAGAAGAUGAAGAAAUUAUCUUCAAAGAAAGAGCAAAACUUUACAGAUGGGACAGAGAAGUAAAUCAAUGGAAAGAACGUGGUGUUGGAGAAAUAAAGAUCCUCUUCCAUACACAGAAGAAGUGCUAUAGAAUAUUAAUGAGAAGGGACCAAGUUCUCAAAGUCUGUGCAAACCAUAUUAUCACAAAAACAAUGGACUUAAAACCCCUGAAUACCUCAAACAAUGCAGUGGUUUGGACUGCAACAGAUUAUGCUGAUGGUGAAGCUAAGAUAGAACAGCUUGCUGUCAGAUUUAAAAGUCAAGAUCUAGCCGACUCCUUCAAGAGGAGAUUUGAAGAGUGUCAACUAAGCUUGUCAGAGCUGCAGAAGGGUCAUGUAUCCCUGACAGCAGAAUUGUCAAGAGAGACUAACCCUAUGGUCUAUCUUGAAGUUUCUGCAGAUGAUGAGCCAUUAGGGCAUAUAACUAUAGAAUUAUUUUCAAAUAUUGUUCCUCGAACUGCUGAAAACUUCAGGGCAUUAUGCACAGGAGAAGUAGGAUUUGGAUUCCGGAACUCAGUAUUUCACAGAAUAAUUCCAGAUUUUAUCUGCCAAGGAGGCGAUAUCACUAGACACGAUGGCACUGGUGGAAAAUCCAUUUAUGGUGAUUCAUUUGAGGAUGAAAACUUUGAAGUAAAACAUACUGGGCCUGGCUUAUUGUCAAUGGCUAAUCGUGGCAGAGACACCAAUAAUUCUCAAUUCUUUAUUACUCUCAAAAAGGCAGAGCAUUUGGACUUUAAACAUGUUGUUUUUGGUUUCGUAAAGGAUGGUAUGGAUGUUGUGAAAAAAAUGGAAUCCUUUGGUUCUCCUGGUGGAGCACUGUCAAAAAUUAUUAUGAUUACAGACUGUGGACAAAUAUAAAAGCAUUGCUUUAACAUGUAUGCAGAUUAGAAGAUCCAUGUGCAGCAGAUUUAGACAAUAUUACAUUCAGGUUUUUUUUAACAAAAAUUGAACAUUUUUCAUGUAUAAAUGUAAAAUUACAGCUUAUAGCUGAGUACUUUUUAAAAAUGUGUUUCAAUUGACUGCAUGUUGUGAAAUAAAAGUUCAAACACUGGUAAAUUUCAGGUGUAUUUUUGUUUCCUCCUGAUUUUUGUAUUAAAUAAUUUAAAAUGAAAUUAAAGGAAUCUGGAGUUCUGUUAUUCUGGGUUGUUUAAGUUUACCAGUUUAACUAAUAAAUAAAAUUAGUAGCUAGUUCAUAAUUACUGCUUUUAUUCCUCUUACCUUCCCUGAAUCAUAGGCAGCUCUGAAAUAAUUCAUUGUUUUUGCACUUAGUCAUCUUGAUAAACAAAUUGACUCUACUUUUUGUUUCUCUAAAUGUAAUUUGAUAUUUCAGUAUUACCUUAAAUUUACUGAACAAUUUAACUUUGGUUCUGGAUGAUGUGAGAUUUAAACCUUGUAUAUUUUGGAAUGGAAAAGCCUUCUGUCAUCAAUAAAUUAACUGUAAUA